CGCGGGGCAAAUUUGAAGCAGCGGCGGCGGCGGCGACAGCGAAGGGCGGCGGGAUGGCACAGAAGGAGAACGUGGCCCCCCCCAGCCUGAGCAAGAGUUUGGUGCCCCCUCCCCUGCGGGUGCCCUGCAAGGACCCCCCGGGCUCGGAGCCCCUCGGGAAGGCCCGGCCAGCAGCCGGACGGGUGCCCCUGGAGCCCAGCGUGGUGCCAGCCUCGCCCCCACCCGCCCACUCGUUCUCAUUGGAGGAUUUCGAGGUGGGGCGCCCGCUGGGCAAGGGCAAGUUUGGCAACGUGUACCUGGCACGCGAGCGGCGCUCGGGGUUCCUGGUGGCCCUCAAGGUGCUCUUCAAGAGCCAGGUGGAGAAGGAGGGCGUGGAGCACCAGCUGAGGAGGGAGAUCGAGAUCCAGGCACACCUCAGACACCCCAACGUUCUCCGGCUCUACAAUUACUUCCACGACCGGCGCCGCGUCUUCCUCAUCCUCGAGUACGCGCCCAGGGGGGAGCUGUACAAGGAGCUGCAGCGCUGCCACCGCAUGGACGCCACCAGGACGGCCACGCUGAUGGAGGAGCUGGCGGACGCGCUGCUGUACUGCCACGGGCGCAAGGUGAUUCACCGCGACAUCAAACCCGAGAAUCUCCUGCUCGGCCUCAAGGGGGAGCUCAAGAUCGCGGAUUUCGGGUGGUCGGUGCACGCCCCGUCCCUCAGGCGCCACACGAUGUGCGGCACGCUGGAUUACCUGCCGCCGGAGAUGGUGGAGGACCGAGGCCAUGACGAGAAGGUGGACCUGUGGUGCCUGGGGGUGCUGUGCUACGAGCUGCUGGCCGGGCACCCGCCCUUCGAGAGCGCCUCCACCAACGACACCUACCGCAGGAUCAGGCAGAUUGACCUGCACUUCUCCCCGCACAUCCCAGAGGGCGCUCGCGAUCUGAUCCAGCGGCUGCUGCGGCGGGAGCCGGGAGAGCGCCUGAGCCUGAGGGGGGUGCUGGGACACACCUGGGUCAGGAACCAUUCCAGGAGGGUGUUACCGCCUGGGUACUGUCCAUCCUGACCCCUGAGUGACCACUGAGUGACCACUGACCCCUGUCCUGAGUGACCAUCCCCACCCUGACCAUCACUGACCAUCACUGACCAUGGCAGAGCCGGGAGAGCGCCUGAGCCUGAGGGGGGUGCUGGGACACACCUGGGUCAGGACCCAUUCACGGAGGGUCCUGCCCCCUGGGUACUGUCCAUCCUGACCUCUGACCCCUCCGGACACUGCCCUGAGUGACCCCUGAGUGACCAUCCCCACCCUGACCAUCCCUGACCAUCACUGACCAUGGCAGAGCCGGGACAGCGCCUGGGCCUGAGGGGGGUGCUGGGACACACCUGGGUCAGGACCCAUUCCAGGAGGGUCCUGCCCCCUGGGUACUGUCCAUCCUGACCCCUGAGUGACCACUGACCACUGCCCUGAGUGACCAUCCCCACCCUGACCAUCCCUGACCAUCACUGACCAUGGCAGAGCCGGGAGAGCGCCUGAGCCUGAGGGGGGUGCUGGCACACACCUGGGUCAGGAACCAUUCCAGGAGGGUCCUGCCCCCUGGGUACUGUCCAUCCUGACCCCUGAGUGACCACUGACCCCUCCGGACACUGCCCUGAGUGACCAUUGAGUGACCAUCCCCACCCUGACCAUCCCUGACCAUCCCUGACCAUCCCUGACCAUCGCUGACCAUCACUGAUCAUCACUGACCAUCCUUGACCAUCCCCGAUAGUGACCCCUCAGUGACCAAUGACCAUCCCUGAUAGUGACCUCUGAGUGACCACUGACCAUCACUGACCAUCACUGACCAUCCCUGACCAUCCCUGACCAUCCCUGAUAGUGACCAUUGAUCACUGACCCCUCUGGACACUGCCCUGAGUGACCACUGACCAUCCCUGAUAGUGACCAUUGAUCACUGACCCCUCUGGACACUGACCAUCCUCCCCCAAGUGACCAUUGACCAUCCUUGGUAGUGACCAUUGACCAUCCCUGAGAGUGACCAUUGACCACUGACCAUCACUGACAGUGACCCCUGAGUGACCACUGACCCACCCUGACCAUCACUGACCAUCCUUGACCAUCACUGACCUUCACUGACAGUGACCAUUGACCCCUGACCCCUCCGGACACUGCCCUGAGUGACCACUGACCAUCCCUGACAGUGACCAAUGACCCCUGACCCCUCCGGACACUGCCCUGAGUGACCACUGACCAUCCCUGACCCCUCCAGCACCCUCCUGGCACUGCCCACUUGACCUUUGACCCUUUGGACACUGCCCACUGACCUUUGACCCCUCUGGACACUGCCCACUUGACCUUUGACCCCUUUGGACACUGCCCAUUGACCUUUGACACUCCCCAAACCCAAAUUUGGGGGAGGGGCUAAGGAUGCCCCGCCCCCAUUUUGGGGUUGCCCCACCCCAACUAUUUGAAGCCACGCCCCCAUUGUUCAAAGCCACGCCCCCAUUGUUCAAAGCCCCGCCCCCAUUGUUCAAAGCCACGCCCCCAUUGUUCAAAGCCACGCCCCCAUUGCUGGAAGCCACACCUCCAUUAUUUGAAGCCCCGCCCCCAUUGUUGGAAGCCCCGCCCCCUUGUUGGAAGCCCCGCCCUCUGUUAUUUGGG